AUGAGAAUCAUCGCGAUCCUUUCGGCCUUUGCGGCCACAGCUCUCGCAAUACCCUGCCCAACCUCCCUCUUUCAACCAUAUGGCGAAUUGCCAAAAACCCGCACCUUCGUGCCCCGAGACGUCUUCCAGAUUAGCCAAGCGCGACCUACUGAAUUCUUCCUACCCGACGGCUGGGGUACUAUAACCGCAAGAGACAAAUGCACCGUCUUCAACAUACCUUUGGAUGCCGACAGAGCCAGAGGCAAAACCUGCAAUCUCGUCUUCGACUUCCCCAACAACAGGCAAGGGCCAGGCGUAUCCCGCCUCGUUGGUCAAGGCCGCUUCAUGUUCUAUCCCUUUGCCCAUAGCGCCCGAGUCCCACUUCCCAUCGUUACAAACUGGAAUAACAAGCCUCCGUUUGCUAUCACACCCCCGAUUCUCAUAAAGCAGCUUGCUCCCGGCCACAGUUACGUUCUUAGCUCGGGGCCGUGCUAUAUUUCUCAAGAACAAAAGGGAAUGGUGAUGAGGAGCGGUAUGAUGUGCUCUGAGAACUCUAUUUUGUCGUUCAAACAGAGCGACGAGAAGUGUCCUAUGGGACUCUAUCUGAUCCUUUCCGAGCCGAAUGGUCUCAAUUAG